CGCCCUCCCUUGCUUCCCGCCCUCCGACAGCGCCUGAGCGGCAGCCGCUCCAGGGAAAGGGGCCGCAGCCGCGUGGAGAGUAUGAGUGGCGCAGGGGUUCAGGCUCCCGCGACCCCUGGGGUCAGCCCGGAGGGCGACCCUGAGCCGCCCCCGUCGAUGCUCAGUGUCGAUCUGCCGGGGCUGUUGUCGCAGUUCGCGCGGAGUUUCGCGCUGGUCUUCCCCAUCUACCUGCUGGGUUAUCUGGGGCUGAGCUUCAGCUGGGUCCUGGUCGCCUUGUUAUGCCUCUUCUGGGUUCAGCGGCACCGAGGUGGAAAGAGCUCCCGCCUGGGCCGGGCACUCGCCUUCCUGCAAGACGAGGAGCGGGCAGUGCGGCUCACCGUCUCCACGGGAGACCUUCCCGCCUGGGUCCACUUUCCAGAUACUGAAAGAGCAGAAUGGCUAAAUAAGACAGUGAAACAUAUGUGGCCUUUCAUUUGCCAGUUUAUCGAGAAGCUCUUCCGUGAAACAAUAGAGCCUGCAGUGAAAGGAGCAAACAGCCAUUUGAGUACUUUCAGUUUCACAAAAAUUGAUAUAGGGCAUCAGCCCAUUAGAAUUAAUGGUGUGAAGGUGUAUACUGAAAAUGUGGAUAAAAGGCAGAUCAUUUUGGAUCUACAAAUCAGUUUUGUGGGAAACUGUGAAAUUGAUUUGGAGAUCAAGAGAUACUUCUGUAGAGCUGGAGUGAAAAGUAUACAAAUUCAUGGCACAAUGAGAGUUAUAUUGGAACCUCUGCUUGGUGAUAUACCCUUAAUUGGAGCACUAUCUUUAUUUUUCCUUAGGAAACCACUUUUGGAAAUUAACUGGACAGGACUGACCAAUCUUCUGGAUAUUCCAGGACUCAAUGGAUUAUCUGACACUAUAAUACUAGAUAUAAUAUCUAAUUAUCUAGUACUUCCAAAUCGAAUCACUGUUCCUUUUGUCAGUGAAGUGCAGAUUGCUCAGUUGCGGUUCCCCAUACCAAAGGGUGUACUAAGAAUACAUUUCCUUGAAGCUCAGGAUCUUGAGGGAAAAGAUACAUACUUAAAGGGACUCGUUAAGGGAAAGUCUGACCCUUAUGGGAUCAUUCAAGUGGGAAAUCAAAUUUUCCAAAGCAAAGUUAUCAAAGAAAAUCUUAAUCCAAAGUGGAAUGAAGUUUAUGAGGCCUUAGUCUAUGAACAUCCAGGACAAGACUUGGAGAUUGAACUCUUUGAUGAAGAUCCAGACAAGGAUGACUUUCUAGGAAGCCUGACGAUAGACUUAAUUGAAGUUGAAAAGGAACGUCACAUAGAUGAGUGGUUUACUUUGGACGAAGUCUCCAAAGGAAAAUUGCACUUAAAACUCGAAUGGCUCACAUUGAAGCCUACUGUUGAAAAUCUUGACCAGGUGCUAAAAAGCAUUAGAGCUGAUAAAGAUCAAGCCAAUGAUGGGCUUUCAUCAGCAUUGCUUAUUCUUUAUUUGGAUUCAGCAAGAAACCUGCCACAUAACCCUUUAGAUUAUAAUCCAGAAGCCUUGAAGAAGUCUGCUGUUCAGAAAGUCUUAAAGACAGGGAAGAAAAUGAACAGUAAUCCAAACCCCCUUGUCUUAAUGACAGUUGGACACAACGCACAAGAAAGCAAGAUCCGCUAUAAGACCAAUGAACCCGUUUGGGAAGAGCAUUUCACCUUUUUUGUUCAUAAUCCUCGACGACAAGAACUAGAAGUUGAGGUCAAAGAUGAACAACACCAGUGCUCCUUGGGAAAUUUUAAGCUUCCUCUUAACCAACUCCUUGCAAGUGAAGAUCUAACUAUGCAUCAGAGAUUUCAUCUUAACAAUUCUGGUCCAAACAGCACUAUAUCCAUGAAGAUUGCACUCAGGAUCCUUUCUCUUGAAAGCCAAGAGAGAUCUCCAGAUUACCAAUAUACGGCCAAAGUGAAGAGGCCUUCUGUUUCCAAAGAUGGGAGGAAGGGUACUUUCAAGCCUCAGGUCCCCCCCUCUCCGGCAGCUGAUGUGAGCAAAGCCCCAAGUUCUACAGUUGCAGAUGCCAAUAAGAGGACUGACGGGACGGAAACAGGCCUUCCCUCCAAUCCUAACCCUCCGUGGCCAACAGAUCUCAGCAGAAGUUCCUCCGGUCUUCUGACCACCAACCUGAGCGGUUCUCCCAGCCACCUUUCGGUCAAAGAGCCUACUCCAAGUAUAGCUUCAGACAUCUCUCUCCCCAUCGCCACGCAGGAAUUAAGACAACGUCUGAGGCAACUUGAAAAUGGAACAACGCUGGGACAGUCUCCAUUGGGCCAGAUUCAGUUAACAAUUCGUCACAGUUCACAGAGAAACAAACUUAUGGUGGUUGUGCAUUCAUGCAGAAAUCUAAUCGCCUUUUCAGAAGACGGUUCUGACCCUUACGUUCGAAUGUAUUUAUUGCCUGACAAGAGGAGAUCAGGAAGAAGAAAAACGAGUGUUUCAAAGAAGAAUUUAAAUCCAGUGUUUGACCAGGCUUUUGAUUUCAGCGUCCCUUUGUCUGAUCUACAGAGAAGAACUUUAGAUGUAGCAGUGAAGAACAGUGGAGGAUUCUUAUCUAAAGAUAAAGGUCUGCUUGGUAAGGUAUUGAUACCUCUAUCAGAAGAACUUUCCAAAAAUUGUACUCAGUGGUAUGACUUGACAGAAGAUGGGACGAGACCUAAUAUUGCACCUUAGACAGCUUUGGAUUCCAAAAGCUCCUGUUAGCAUAUCUUUGCCAAUCUUUAUGUAUUUUAUCAGCAUUGUACCGAUAUUACUUUUUAUAACUUUUAGUUACUUGGCCCAUCACCCCAACCAUUUUAUAAUAACUUGAGAUUUUGCCGUAGGCUUAAGCCAGCUUACUUAUAAACGAUUUUUUCCAUUUGUUAACAGCAAUUUUAAUGUGCAAUAGGGUUUGUAGAAUAAACAUUUGUUUUAGUAGGUCCUGUUAUGGCAUUUCUGUCCUUAAGAAAAGUGGGCUAUCUUUCAUUUCUUUUACCUUAUUUGUCUCUUAUCAAGAUAUCUGCCAUGUAAAUAGAUACUAUUUUUUAAAAUGCAUUUUCCUCAGAGGUGUGAAUGCUGAAAAAGAUGUCAAAGAAAACUAUUUUCUUUGGAAAAAGUAUGAUAUAAAAAUCUUAAAACAAAUUUGAGAAUAGCAUAGCUAGCAAAAUGGACUUACUCUUACUAAUAUUAUGGAUUUAAGAGUUUCUUAUUUUUAAAAAAUGAAAACUAUUGAUGUAAUGAUGUAUGAUUAAAUAUUUGCAAAAAAGGGAAAUACAAAAUAUUAACCUUUAAUAUUUAUAUUGAAAAAUGUAUUCUUUGAGUUUCAUUCAGAUAAUGCAUAUAAUUCACAAAUGCAGAUAUUAUAUAUUUACCCAGGAUGUGAAAAUGAAGAUUUAUGUAGUACAGUACCGUGUUUUUUCCAUUCACCGCUUCUUAUUAAAGGUUUAUUUGCCCUAUCCAAAAUGCAGGGAAAUACCAAUGCAACAGUAUCAUCAAGAUAUAUAACGAAUUAGGAUUUGGCAGCCACCUUGAUAGAACAUUGUGAUGUCAUAUUGAUUGCUACCGAUAGGAAACAGUUUAUAAUUGAGUUUUAAAGCAUGUUUACAAUUGUAUGUGGAAUACCAGCAAAUAAUGAGCUCAAGCUGUAUAGACUUCUGAAUUUCUGGUUGAUUCUUUCACAGUUGUUUCAGGACUAUCAGUAUUGAUUCCUGGAGCAGGGUUGUUUUUUUUUUUAAUCAAUGCAUGUAGUAGCCACGUAGCAUUCAUAGCACUGCAUUCUUUUGAAAGUACCAGUUCCAAAGUUGAUUCAUUCACACAUUACUAAUAAGGAAUAUGACAGUGCAGAAUGGGAGGACAUAGUGUGCAAAAACAGCAUUGAAGCUGAUCCACAGUGCUUCUGUAUAACAAUAAUGCAGGAAAAAAGACUUCCAGUGAGUCAUUUAAAAUCAAAUAUAUCUUCUAAUCGGUAUAGCUUUUUUUCCCCCAUUUGAUUUUCGCAGGCCCAGGAAAUGCAAGAACAGUUUGCUAAAAUGGGCUUGGUUAUUUGAGUGUGAACAUUUUAUUCAUUGUUGCUUUCAGAAUAGAAUCAAGGGGGAAAUUAAUUAUAUUUAUUCAAAUAUUUUUGAAAGCUUUCUCAGAUGGUUUUAACAAAAAUGAUGCAGUUUUGUAUUUUAACCCAAGAAAUGGCAUAGUUCCAUGGAAGUUAGCUACACACCAUUUUGAAUAUAUAUGCAAUGCCUUUCUAAGAAUAAUACAAUACUGUAAAAUAAUAACAUUUUAUCGGAAUUUUGAGAGUCUUAGAAAGUCCUCUUGGCCAAAUGAUUUCUAUGGUGAAUUAAACUUUAGGGAUAUUAGCUUUAUAAUUGAACUUACAAAAAUCUUAACUCUGGCUUAGACAAUUUUGAAGAAGUUCUCCAAGAGAAGCAGUCUUCACUGAAGCUUGUAGAGAACUUCCCAUUGUGCCCUAUAAAUAACUAGACUACUAAGGAUACCAAAGUGCCUGUAAUAUAUGUAGCAAAUUGUCUGUAUCAUGUUUUGAGAAUCAGUUGUCUAUAUUUCAGUGUGAUGUACCUGCACAUGGGCAUGUUGGCUUCAUUCAGAAUAGCAUAAGUAACUCUUAACACAACAUAGCUUAGGUUAGCGGUCCUCACUUCCUUUUAAAUGAUAGAAGUGCAUUUACUGCAUGACAACUUUCAGGGAAAUCUUUAAAAAAAAAAGAAUAUGCAGGUGGGUGAUUCAGCCAUUAAAUAUACUUAUGAGGAAAAAAAGAUAUAAAUAAAUAAUUCCAUAAUUUGAAAUUUUACUGGAAAAAAAACAAGAGAUCUUCUAACCUUUGCAUUCCGUUGUGGCUUACUGUGACAUCAGUAAGUAAGAGUACCAUAUAGUGGCAUUGCUUAAGUCAGGGGUCUCCCAACUUGGCAACUUUAAGACUUGUGGACUUCAACUUGUGUGUUUCAAGAGUUGCAGUCCACAAGUCUUAAAGUUGCCAAGUUUGGAAACCUCUGGUUUAAGUGGUAAUUUCUAAAGUUAUAUUUGAAUUCUACUAAUAAAGACAGUGUGGUGAGAAGAGGAGGCUCAUAAUAUCAACAAGUUCAUGCAGAACGAUUUAGCUCCUUGGGCUUCUUUUUUGCAAUCAAAAACUAAAAUUAGGAAAAGGAAUUUUAAAAAAUGAGAAAAAGCCCCCUGGUAAGUUGAAAUAAGACUUUAGUUUGAGGUUAAGGUACACAAAGUAAUGUUAUAUUCCCUAUCAUCUCUGUUCUUUCUAAUAAGGCCAUAUCUCUUGCAUUUUGCAUGAAUGCAAAAUAAUAAUAAUAAUUGAAUUGAUGCAAUGUGAAAUAUAUUGAAAAUAGCUCUGCAGUAAGAGAUGGAGAAAAUUUGGACCAAAAUCUGAAUGAUUACUAAAACAAUUUUCUGCCUUUGGGACAUAGAAACCGAGUGCAUGAAUAUCCUGUUCACAAUUUAAUGGUUCACUGAAGAAUGAUGAGGAUUGAUGAGAUUCCAAUUAGCAAUUCUAUGACUGAAUACCAUCAGAUUAGAUUUCUCUGUUUUCUAUUCUGUGCCUUAAAAAAGCUUAAAUAUUUCAUGUAAUGAAAGCCAAGCUUUGUUCUCUGUAUUUACCCAUCUUUAUGUGCUGUUGAAACUGGUGCAGUUUUUGCUGCAUUUUGUAUUUAGAGCUGUUGUAAUCUAACCACCAAUGAAGCUGUUAUUUGACUUAAGGAUUUAACAUUCUUUCCUGUUUCAAAUUCUAUCAUGAUGCAGCAACUGGGGAAAAGAAAAGAGUAGUUGUUUGACUACAGAUUGCAUUGUUUUUUGCUGAUCUAAUUUUGCUAUUGCAUGUAUUUAUUCAGUAAAUGGUCCAUAUGGA